GCCUCCGCCUCCGCCUCCAUCGUCGUCGGGGGAGGGGCCGGUCGGACCCCGGGGUCACUGCCGAGGAAUGAAGAGAGACGGCCGGGCCCCGCUCUCUGCCCCGGCCUAGGGCCUGGCCCCAGGAGUCGCCAGGGGGAAUCGAAUUCAGGACCUUGUGUUGCCGGACAGAUGCUAUGCCACUGAGCUAAAUCCUUGGCAGUAUCAUCAUUUUAACACUAAAUCACAUUUUAACAUCUCAUUUUAACACUAAAUUUUUUUUUCUCUCACAUCAUUUUUGUAAUUUUUUUUGGAAACAGUUCAUCAUGAGAAUUAAGAUUUGCACAAUUUCCCUUGAUGUUUGCUGUUUGGCUGAGACUAUAAAUUCCUUUCUACUGCUGUGUGUUCAAAUUUGGGCAAGAUGCACUAAGAUGCCAAGAAGGUGGAGACCUGAAUUUUGAUCUGUGUCCUCCACAUCCAACAACCUGAAAGUACUUCAUGAUCACAUGACCCUGGACAUGGAUGCUGUCCUGUCGGAUUUUGUCCGUUCCACAGGAGCAGAGCCUGGGCUAGCCCGAGAUCUCCUGGAAGGAAAAAAUUGGGAUGUGAGUGCUGCCCUCAAUGAUUUUGAACAGAUACGUCAAGUCCAUGCUGGGCACCUGCCACCACCCUUUAGUGAAGGAAGUAGUAGCUCCAAGACCCCUGAAAAGGGGUGUUCUGAUAGAGAGUGUGCUCGUCCUUCCCGACCUACCCUCCAGCGGCAAGAUGACGUCAUCCAAGAAAAACGCCUGUCUAGGGGCAUCUCCCACGCCAGCUCCAGCAUUGUCUCCCUGGCCCGGUCCCAGGUCUCUUCCAGUGGUGGGGGUGGGGGGAGCAGUGAGCACCCCCUGGAAAUGCCCAUCUGUGCCUUCCAGCUUCCAGAUCUCACUGUGUACAGUGAAGACUUCCGCAGCUUCAUAGAGAGAGACCUCAUUGAGCAGUCCAUGCUGGUUGCCUUGGAACAGGCAGGGCGUUUGAAUUGGUGGGUUAGUGUGGACCCCACCUGUCAGAGACUUCUUCCUUUGGCAACUACUGGAGAUGGGAACUGUCUCCUGCAUGCAGCUUCUCUUGGAAUGUGGGGCUUCCAUGAUCGGGACUUGGCACUGAGAAAAUCUUUGUAUGCACUGAUGGAAAAGGGAGUGGAGAAAGAAGCACUGAAAAGACGCUGGAGGUGGCAGCAAACACAGCAGAACAAAGAGUCAGGGCUGGUGUACACAGAGGAAGAAUGGCAGAAGGAAUGGAAUGAACUGAUCAAGCUUGCCUCAAGUGAACCGCGAAUGCAUCUUGGCACCAAUGGAGCCAGUGGUGGAGGGGUGGAGAGCUCGGAGGAGCCUGUGUAUGAGAGCCUGGAAGAAUUCCACGUCUUCGUCCUUGCUCAUGUGCUCAAGAGGCCAAUAGUUGUUGUGGCGGACACCAUGCUGAGGGACUCUGGAGGGGAAGCAUUUGCUCCUAUUCCCUUUGGGGGAAUCUAUCUGCCCUUGGAGGUCCCUGUCAGCCAAUGUCACCGAUCUCCUCUGGUGCUCGCCUAUGAUCAGGCCCACUUUUCUGCACUUGUGUCCAUGGAGCAGAAGGAAAGUGCCAAGGAACAAGCUGUGAUCCCACUUACAGACUCAGAGCAUAAGCUGCUGCCCUUGCACUUUGCAGUGGACCCAGGAAAGGGCUGGGAGUGGGGCAAAGAUGACAGUGACAAUGUCCGAUUGGCCAGUGUAAUUCUGUCUUUGGAGGUCAAAUUGCAUCUGCUGCAUAGCUACAUGAAUGUAAAGUGGAUCCCACUGUCCUCUGAUGCACAGGCUCCUCUGGCGCAGCCCGAGUCUCCAACAGCUUCAACUGGCGAUGAGCCCCGGUCUACUCCUGAGUCUGGGGAAUCUGACAAAGAGUCUAUUGGCAGCAGUUCUGCCAGCAAUGAGGGCAACAAGCGGAAAGAGAAGUCCAAGCGAGAGCGGGAAAAGGACAAGAAGAGAGCAGAUUCUGUGGCUAACAAACUGGGCAGCUUUGGCAAAACCCUGGGCAGCAAGCUCAAGAAGAACAUGGGAGGCCUGAUGCACAGCAAAAACUCUAAGCCUGGAGGGGUGGGGACUGGGUCAGGGGUGAACAGUGGCACUGAGACACUGGAGAAGAAGAAGAAAAACUCACUGAAGAGCUGGAAGGUUGGCAAGGAAGAGGCCGCAGGGGAUGGGCCUGUAUGUGAGAAGCCCACCUCUGAGUGCGUUGGUAAUGGAGGGAGCAAGUACAGCCAGGAAGUGAUGCUAAGUCUGAGCAUUAUGAGGAUUACAAUGCAAGGGGAGGGAAAAUUUAUUUUUGUUGGAACCCUGAAGAUGGGUCACCGUCAGCAGUAUCAGGAGGAGAUGAUCCAGCGGUACCUUGCAGAUGCUGAGGAGAGAUUCCUGGCAGAGCAGAAGCAGAAGGAGGCAGAGAGGAAGAUCAUUAACGGAGGGGUAGGGAGUGGGCCUCCUCCAGCCAAAAAACCAGAGCCAGAUAGUGGGGAGGAGCAACUGACUGCACCCCCAGGCGAGUCCAAGGCAAUGGCUUUCUCAACUGGUUACCCAGGGGGCUUCACUAUCCCUCGGCCUUCUGGGGUUGGAGUUCACUGCCAGGAACCCAGGAGACAGCUGGCAGGGGGUCCAUGUGUUGGGGGGCUACCACCAUAUGCUACCUUCCCCAGACAGUGCCCUCCUGGGCGACUUUAUCCCCAGCAGGACAGCAUCCCACCUCUGGAGCCAGGUAUUCACUCCAAGGAUGGAGUUCACAGAGUCACAUUGUUACCCACUCCCUCCCGUGUGGCUGAUUCCUAUAACAACGGCUACAGGGAGCCCCCUGAGCCAGAUGGAUGGGCUGGAGGUCCCUGGGGGCUUCCCCCAACCCAGACCAAGUGCAAACAACCGAACUGCAACUUCUAUGGACACCCUGAGACAAACAACUUCUGCUCCUGUUGUUAUAGGGAAGAACUGAGGAGAAGGGAACGGGAACCCAGUGGGGAGCUGCUGGUGCACAGAUUCUGACUGAUGGGACCUUGGAGGGCAAGGGGCUAAACAAAGUGAAGUUUGACUCAUUGACUCCUCAAGAUCCAGCCUCAUGUUGAUGGUGCAAAUGCAAAAAUGUCUGUGAGAGCCUGGCUGGAAAUUUUCAAGUCUGUGUGCACUGAAGUGCUGCCCGGCUGGUAGGAGCAGGUAGGGCUGGUUGGUGCCCAUGGGCUGCACUGCUUUGCAAAGCUUGAUUUGACGGGACUGAGGAGCCACGACAGAGUAGGAGACGGUGAUUUGUUUCAUUAGGCUUUGUGUCCCAUCCCAGAACCUAAGAGAAAAUAGUGGGGGAAGAUUUGGAGUGUGGGUGGGAGGUAGGCAGAUGUUGGGGAGGAAAAGUAAAGGGGGUUCUGUCAAAGUUAAGGUAGACCACAGUUCUUUUAGGUUCAGAAGAAACACGGUGAUGGAACUGGGAGCAUAGAGGGAAACGGAUAUUGGACAGAUUUACCGUUGAUUUUAAUAAAGUAUAGAUUAGGUUUGGGCAGCUCUCCCCCAAGGGAUGUAAAAAGGCAAGGCAGUACUGGGUCUCCUGAGUACUUGUUAGGAAGAGGAAGUAGUUAAAAUUCCAGGGUUUGAAGAUAGCAAAAAGAGGAACUUAAAAGGGAAUUCUUCUCCUCUUAAGUUUUAUUUCCUUUUCUAGUCAUGUCUUCCAUGCUAGUUUGAGAGGACAUGGUUGAUGACCCCCAUCUUUUCCUCAUCCUUUUUGAAGGCUGAGCUCAGCUAAAUUAAGGUUAUGGUUUUUAAAAAACAUUUAAGUCAUUUUUAAAAAAUUUCCUCUGAAAAAAGUGUGAUGAGAAGAACAGCUGUUUUGAAUUUUUUCCAGGUGAAUGGGUGCAGCGUGUUUAACUACUUGGCAAUAACCAUACAUGUGUUGGAGGGGAUAGUACUUUGGGGCAGGUUGAGGAAGGACAGACAGACACUUUGGCCACUGUUUGAAACCAAACCAAAAACCUACGUAAAGCACUACCAUCUUCUGCUGCUGUGUUUCUGUAGAAAGCAACUUAUUUCAUUGACUAAUUUUUUUAAGGAAAAGAAAAAAUAUACCCCAACAAACCAUUUUUAAGAAUGAUGAUGAUGAUGAUGAUGAUGAUGAUGAUGAUUAUUAUUAUUAUUUUUCCUAUUUAAGUGAUUCUUUCUCCUUUUCUCUCUGCUUUUGGAGAAUGAAUUUAACAUCCCGGCUUCUUUUGUUAAGCCAUAGUUGACCUUAAUCUGUGAUUAGUUUAUUAAAGUAAUAAUAAAAUACUUUGUAAGAGAAGAUAUUUUUGAUAUUAGGAUUGAUAUUGAAACAGAUUGGGGGUUAGGGGCAAUUUAUAAAAAGGUAGUUAAGAAAAUAUUUUAGUGAACUAUAACCACAGGUCACAUAUUACUCUCUCUGAGCUUAUCUGUCUAGAUUUCUCCCUUUCCCUGACUCAGCCCUGUUUUCCAGGGGGUAGGGAUGGGGAUGUGGACACGGAAGGGGAGCUCUUUUGCAUUUUGCACAAAGCACAAGUCUGGACAGCUUAUGCUGUGGCCAGAACCAUUUCUAAGAGCUUUAAACCAGACCUAUCCUGGGCCAAUUUUUCUUUAUAUUUUUUUUCUGGUAGAAAACACAAAAAACAAACUAUGCAAUUAUAUAAACUCCAGAAGGCAUAUAAAGAAGGGGGAUAAGUGCACUUAAGUGUCCAGAAGGUUAAUCAGGCUAUUUUCAUACUUGGAUUUCUUUGUUGAAGCAUGUGUUAAUCACUGUCCCAUGGCCACAUCUGCUAUAGGGUACACAUGGUGUGAGUAUAUUUGUGUGUGUUGGGGGAACUUAUUUGUGUGUUUGCCCAGUCAGGAAAGUUUUCAUUUCAUUUCCUUCUUGGUAAUAAAUCCAGCCAAGAUCUUCUCACUGAAACUACUCAGUUUAGAAAAGUUCUUUCUCCUUAACAGACUUGAAAGUCACUUGUUUUGCAAAUCUGCUGGUCUGUUGUUUAAUUAUUUCAAAUGGCUGUCUUAGGCUUUUAUUGGACAGCAGGUUGGUUUUAAGGAAACAGGCUCCACAGGAAAGGAUAGGUGUUUUUCUGGACAGAGCUGGCAUCUGAGACAAGCACUCCCCUUAGGUGUAAAAUUUAAAAGGGUAAUCAAGACUUGAAAAAUAUUAAGAAUUGUGAGAAACAACACCAAAAAUCCAUGUUGAAUACAGUAUCAAAAUUUUAGACAGGAUCUCGCUACUAUACUUGUAUCCAGCACCCUGAAGGCUGGGGCAAGAGCGUCACUGUGACUUUGAGGCUAGCCUGGACUACAUAGGUCAAGGCCAGCUGGCACUAUAUCUCGAGAUCCUAUCUAAAAAACAAACAAAUUUAAAAGGAUCUUAUAGGACCAGAAUUAGGAUGUGAAAAGCAGGGUUGGAUUGAACAAGUAUGCGGAUGAUUUCCAUCUUUAUAUUUCUGAUACAUCAUUCAUUAUGAGUUACACAUUAAUUUUUAUUUGUAAUGCAUAUUGCAGCAAAAUAGUGUUUAUCUUGGUUCUUAGAUUUUUAUGCAUCCCUCAUAUUGUAGCCUAGGUGAAUGCCUAUUUCACUUCACCCUGCUCUUUCCCAUUUCUGAGGUUCGAACAACACUGGUGAGACCACCUUGUUGCCUCCAUCCCUUACUAUGCACUCAGACCGCACCCAGGAUCUGUGCAGCUUGCUUCUCCUGCAGGACCAUCAUAGGAGAGUGCUGGCUUGGUCAAGAGGAAUGGGAACAGCCUAGGGGUUUCCCAGAGAAAAAAACAGGGAAGGUGAUUGUCCAUUAGACUGCUGCAUUUGGACUUGAUCUGUUACUAGAUUUAGCUAAAACUUUUGUUUUUAAAAAGAAGACAAAUGAGCAAAAGUAGAAACCUUGUAUCAUGUUUCUUUUUAUUUAUAAACUACACAAUCCCAAUUCCCUUUGCCCUCAAAGGAAAAAAAAAAAAAAAUGGAAAUUCAGGAGAGGGGAAGGGAGUCCAAGAGUGAAUGUGAUAAAGUAGGGCUUUAAGCCUUAUUUAAUAAAUUAUUUUCUACUUGAGAAGAUAACUAUUAAGGCUUUGGGAAAUUGCAUUCUAGGGACAAGGGACUCAGAGACAACAGAUAUUUUUAAAAUAGGAAACAGUGAAGUUUGUUUUGGGUUUUCUUUUGAAGAGGGGUCCCGUAGGAUGGGUUAAGAAAUAAUGCCUGGCAAAUCAAAAUAGACAAAGAUUGCUUUGAUAUUUUGGAAAGACAAGGAAUGAGAUAGGCAGUCCCAUGCAGUAGCAUGUUGGGGCAAGGGAAAGGGUUAUCUGGUGUAUGCUUAGCAUGUAAAACUUUGGUGGAUGAGGUGGUGCUCAACUGUAAUCCCAACACUCAGGAGCCUGAGGCAGGAGGUUUGCCACCAAGUACAAGGCCAGUCUGAGCUACACAGUGAGUUCAAGGCCAGCUAGAACUACAUAGCAAAGCACUGUCUUUAAAAAACCAAAACCAAAACAAAACCCAUAAACAACAAUAACAAACUUCCUUGGUUCAUGAGAGGUACGUGAAUGAAGGGGGCCCCCUGUAGCCUUGGUGAAGUAUGACAUCUCUCAGGCUAAAAUUUAAGUGCACUUAGUUCCUUUCAUCUAGGGUAUCUGAGGUACCUACUGAAGUUUUUAAUGGGAAGGCGAGAUUUUCAGCGUUAUUCCUCUUCUGAAACAAUGUUACCCCUUUAUGUUAUAUUCUUUGUCCCAUCCCCAAGGGAGCAAAUAUACUACAGGGUAAGCCCCCAAAAUCCUCCUCUGCUGAUUUUAGAGUCAACUAGAAGCCUCCCCUCAGUCUGAUUUUAAAUAAUUUUUUAAAAAGUCUCAGCUGGGCAUGAUGGUGCAUCUCUGUAAUUCCAGCAAGGGAGGCUGAGGCAGCAGGACUGCAAGGAAUUUGAGGCCAGCUUGAAGUAUACACAUAGCAAGAUCCAGUCUUAAAAAACAGCAACAAAAAGUCUCUUAAGGAGUAGGGGAUGGUAUUAAAGUCAGCACUGUGCAGGGUAUUGGAGUGGACAUGCCCUUUUCCCCAAAGUAAAGCUCACAGAAUAAUAAAAAUUAGCAACAACUUUGUAUUGUAUCUUUGGGAAAUGAUAACAAGCCUGAAAGAAGGGAGUUGGUUCUCAAGGAUUUCUGAGAACCUAGCUUUUAAUGUUACUCCUUUCAACCACAUGUCCAAGGUUCCCAGCACAUUUUUUUCUUAAUAAAGGAAUGUUUCAGA